AUGCGCUCAGCCAUCAUACUGGCGUCCACUCUUUUCGCGGUCGGCCCGACGUUCGCUGCAUACAACCUGAUCAAGGACUACUCCGGCGCGAACUUUUUCGACGGCUGGCAGUUCUAUGGUAACUACGACAACCUCACGAAUGGCGAUGUCGUCUACCUCGAUCAAACCAACGCGACCCAGGGCUCGCCCAAGCUCGCCUAUACCACUGACAAGGGCACCGCCAUUAUACGGGUAGACAACGAAACUGUUGUUCCCUACAACGAGAAGCGCAACUCCAUCCGCAUUGCUACUACGGACUUCUUCCCUAUCAGCUCCGUCUUCCUCUUCGAUGCCGUUCACAUGGCCUACGGCUGCUCUGUUUGGCCAAGCUUCUGGACGUCUGGUGCCAACUGGCCGGCAGCGGGUGAAAUCGACAUCUUGGAGGCAGUCAACUUGAUGCCCGCCAACCAGAUGGCUAUCCAUUCGGCAAAUGGCUGCACGAUCAACGGUGCGAACUGCACCGACGGCGCUGGCUGCACUGUGGGCGAGAAGAAGCCGAACAGCUACGGUGACAACUUCUCCAACGCGGGUGGAGGCCUUUGGGCCACUCAGUUCGAGACCACUGGCAUCAACAUUUGGUUCUGGAGUCGCGCAGACAUUCCUGCCUCCAUUACCAGUGCCACAAACUCCAUUGAUGUCUCUGACUGGGGCACCCCCUCGGCUUCGUACUCAACCUCCUCAACGUGCGACAUCGGCAAGUUAUUCGGUCCCCAGCAACUGAUUCUUGACAUCACGCUCUGUGGUGACUGGGCUGGUGUUCCUAGUGUCUACACACCCUCCUGCGGUGGGGAUGGGUCCGCGAACGCCUGCUACAUCAACAGCGUCAUCAACGAGGGCAAGGCUUACAAUGAUGCCUGGCUAGAAAUGAACUACGUGAAGGUCUUCGCCACCUCGGACGAUACCUUCACCGCGUCGCUGUCUGGGACCUCUACCGUCCUGUUGUCCGCCAAUGCGGGCCCGACGUCUUCAUCCGCUUCAUCCGCUUCAUCCGCCGCCACUACGACUAAAGGAAGCAACAGCACCAACAGCUCGCCCAACACCGGCGGUGGUAGCGGCGCUGCUGCUGCGAGCCCUCGGAUGUACCUUGCGUUCGCGGCGGGUACUGCGCUUUCCGUUUUCACUUGGAUGCUGCUCUAA